UCAAAAAUGAGCAAAAAGGGUGCUAAGUCACAGCCCAAGGAGACUUCCUACGAAGUUCGCGACGUUGUCCUCGCGAAAGUACGCGGGUACCCCCCCUGGCCAGGCAUCAUCAUCGACCCCGAGAGCGUGCCGAAGAAUGUCGCGAAGGAGCGACCCAACGCGAAAAGCAAGAAGGGUAACUGGUACUGCGUUCGCUUCUUCCCGGCCGGUGACUAUGCUUGGGUAGUGCCCAAGGACAUCUCGAAGCUCCAGCAGCACGAGAUCCAGGCCUACAUUGAUGAGCCGUACAAGAAGUCUGGAGACCUUCUCCAGGGCUACAAGAUUGCUCUCGACCCCAAAAAGUGGGAAGAGGAGCGUGAGGCUCUCCAGGCAGAGGCUGCGGAGGAGGAAGCCAACGCCGAGGUUGAUCAGCUGGAGGAGAGUGAGGCCGAUGAGGGUGCAGAGGACGAAGAUGACGAGAAGAAACCGAAGACGAAGAAGCGCAAGCGCGAGUCUGAGGUCGCCUCUGCGAAAAACAAGUCGGUAAAGGUCAAGGCUAAGAAAGAGCCUGCCGAAUCGAAGAAGAAGGCCUCUACUGCCAGCAAGAGCAAAAAGAAUGGUGUCAAGUCGAAGGCUGUGGUCGAGUCUGAGGAUGAAGGUGCCGAUGGCGAGGAGGACGAGGAUGCUGGGCCCUCUAAGAAGACGUCGCCACCACCUGCUAAGAAACAGAAGCGUGACAAGGACGACGAGGAUGUCGAUUCCGCUCUAGCAAAGGAUCCAGAGGCCGUGAAGGUCAGAGAUUGGAGACACAAGCUCCAGAAGGCCUUCCUCAGCAAGUCAGCGCCCAAGGAAGAGGAUAUGCCCGGUUUCGACCAAUUGUUCCGCACUGUUGAAGAAUAUGAUAAUAUGAGCAUUCAGUACCUUACAUUCUCCAAGAUUGGCAAGGUCAUGCGCCACAUCCACGCCCUCUCUACCGACAAAGUCCCGCGCGACGAUGAGUUCAAGUUCAGGGAGCGCGCCAAGACUCUCGUCGACAAGUGGCACGACAUCCUGUCAGCCAGCAAGGCCUCUGAGGGCGCCGUCCGUAAGCCGGCUACUAACGGCAAGCCGCAUACGGAAGAAGCCGGCACCGCGAACGGAAAGGAGGAUGCGAAUGGCAAAGAGGAGAAAGAGGCUACGUCUGCCACCGAGGAGAAGGAUGAAGCGAAGGAUAGCAUGGAAAUCGACGCUAGGGAGGAGGCUGCGCCGGAGACCGCUUCUGAGAAGGCUGAGGAGAAGGACAACGACGCACCCGCUGAGGAAGAGGCAACUCCUGCCGCCGCUGAGUUUGUCGCAGACAUCGCAAUGUCUGAGGCUGCGUAGAGGAAGCCAGUUCACAAACUUCAAUGUUUAGCGAAAAGCUAAGGGAUCUCUAAUCCAAAUUUCUACCGUAUCUUUCCCUCUGCUCCUUGUUGUGCUCUCAUACGUACCAGAGGACUAAAAUCUCUACUCUAGGUGUUGUCGCUGCUCUUUUUCUCCCUCUUCGAUCCACGUUCACUGUACACUCCUGCUCCUCAUGAUUCAACUUGUUCUCCCGGUCCUGUCUCUCAUUCAACAACGCACACCUGCAGCCUUGCCCGAGAUAUACGCUUUGGUAACGUAUGGGAUAUGGUAUUUCCACAAUGUGAAUAAUUAUGCUACAUGCACUGUAUGUAUGGAUAAGGAGAGAGCGAGCGGCGAUAAAUAAGCAAUGUGUAGUGUACGUAACUACCGGAGUCCGACGACAAAGAGGAGGCACGCCAUUAGAACGCAGCGGUGACGGGGGUGGACGAACGGACAUCUGCCCAUGGCGACUCUUCAGUUUCGAAGUACGACAAAGGUCGUCCAGCUGUGAAGCCGAAUUGGCCUGGCGACGGUGAAUGCGCGAUCGAGGAGGCGGCGGUCACGGACAUUUCAGGCGGAGAGAGCAACUCGCGAUGAGUGGGCUCAACGGCAGUGGGCUCUGCUUCUUCCUCUUCAGCCGACUCCUUGGCCUCGUCGCUGUCUGUCGGCGACGAAUCUGUCGCAUCAUCCAGAGCUAGUCCGACCUCAGGCAAGUUGAGCGGAGGCGGCGCAGGGGCUCGCGUUGACGAUGACGCAGGUUCGUCGACAAUUCGCACCAUUGACCGAGGGGAUGACGGUAUCGACGACGGCUGGGAAGAUGGCAGAGAUUUAACCGCGAUGGCAGAGGACGACGAUCGCUUGUGGGAGUGAUGCGCAGACGAUGGGGACGACGAUGCGAAGGUAUGGCUCGGAAGCGGCGAUGGCGAACGACUCUCGGCCUCUUGUCGCUGAUGCUCGACCAACUUUAGCGCACUCCGUAGAGCCUCCUUCUCCGCCAUGGCCUCCUUCAGCUCUUCCUCCGUGUCGGCGAGCUUCAUGCGCUCUGCAGCGACCAUUUUAUUGGCCUCUUCGAAUAGCGCCUGGGACAACGACUCGAGUUCGGCUUCAAGCUGCUCCUUUGCUGCCUGUGCGGUCUUGUGUGCCUUACGCUCCCGCUCCAGCUGUGCAAGUAGCUCUUCCAUUUCCUUCUCUUGGUCACGGGUGGGAAUGAGCGACGGUAAUGAAGCAGAAGUCAGGUGAGCCGCUGCAGGAUGGCUAUUCGGAUUUGGGGACACUAUUCGAGGCGAUCCAGCAGUAGGAGUGCUCUGAUUUCCGAAGCGGAAUUUGAAGAAGCGGCCUUCAGUGGUGGAAGGCAGCGGAGACGGGGCAGCUGGAGAAGGUGCAGAGUAUUCCGGCAGAGAAGCAUUGCUCUCCGUACUCUGUCGCCGAGGAUCCGCCAAUUCGCGCUCUCGCUGCUCCUUGGCACUCCAUCGUCUCCACCCGACGUCUUUGGAAUGUGCUGCACCAUCGCGCUUUAGUGCAUCUUCAAGCAUCUCAUUGUUAGCCAGCGCGAGCUGCAAGUUUGACUUCGCAAGCGUCAGCUCGGUCUGUAGAUCCGUCUGCGCCUUGCAGGCUUCUUUCAACAUUAAGAUGAGCUCCUCUACCCUGCUGAUCGUCCGAGACAACGCCAUUCGCAGGUCCUCUUCCUGUCCUUGCGAGUGAGCACGCUUUACAUCCCGCAGCUCAUCUUCAAUCUGCGUAAACGCAGCAGCCUUCGCAGCGCCAAGACUGUCUGAACGUUGCGGGAGAUUUGACCGUUGAUGCAUUGGCAAUGCGAACAUGCGAGUGGUAUCAGAUCAAGCGUACUGGCUUAAGCACAGCAAUAAACGACGUUUCUAAGUCUGACCAAGAAAACAGGGCGGAGGUCACGGUACGGUGAAGUGAACCUGGUGCGAUACGUCCAAAGAGUUCCGAGACAAGAGAGAAUAAAUUACUGGGACAGGGAUGUUUUGUAGCCUUAGAAAGUAUCUUUGGUGCUCAGACCCCUUUUUCGCCGUCGCAAUUGUUGUCGUCG